UCCCGCCCGAGCCGCAGCCGGAGAAGGCAGGGCUCCUACCAUGGCCCGCACGGCUCCCCCUUCAGUGCCGCCGCCGCCCCCGGGGCCGCCAGCCCGCGGUUCUCUCAGCCUCCACCGCGCCUACCUGCGGAGCCCGCUGGGUCUGCUGCGCCUGGGGCAGCUGGUCCUGGGCGCUGCUUUCUGGGUGACGGUGGCGGCUCACAAGUACGAGGGGGCAGCCCACUUUGCCCUCUUUGCCGCCGUCCUGGUUUGGCUCCUCACCCUGGCCCUCUUUGGGCUGAGCCUGCUGGGGCGCUGGGCGCUGGUGCCCUGGCUGGGCUCGCGCUGGCUCCUCACCAACCUGGUGCACGACCUGGCACUGGGUGUGGGACUCUACGCGGCUGCUACCGGCAUCAUGGGCUAUAAGGCUGGGCGGAAAAGCUAUUGCAACCUGCCGGGAUACAGCCAGCAGUGCCUCUACGGUGCGUACCUGAGUGCCUCCAUCUGUGGAGGCAUCACCGCCUUCCUGUACCUCUUCUCUGGGCUCUACUGCCUGUUGCGGCGCUGCCGGGAUCAGCGUGACAUCAUCUGAGACAUCUUGUCGCUCAACUCCCCUUCUUUUCAUCUACCAACGGAGCACAGCCCUGCUUUGGGACAAAGUGACCCUGCCACCCCAUCCCCUCCUGGCUGACUGCACCAUGCUUCCUCCAGAGAGUCCUGCACAGAUGGAUGGACGGACCGAGGCCUUCACUGAGCAUGGCUUCCGCUGCAUUGCAUGAAGACAGCGUGGGCACCCAACCAUGUCACAGGCCCCUCUCCACCCCUGGACAAGCUAUUGCAAGUGGAAGGACCCCAAGCAAAGAGCCCCUAAGAGGGACGACGCUUUAUAGCAGCCCCCCAGGGCCCCUGCCCAACUCCCCUGCCCCUGGCCUUGCAGAUGCUGCGUGCUCAGCUAGGUUCAUGACUGAGCCACCAAGACUGACCCGGGAUCCUACUGCUCCUGCAGGAACAGGCACAGGGUAACCCUGUGGCACUGGAGACUGGCCCACAGUGCUGCCUGAUUCUGUGGUUUUGGGUUUACCGUCUUGGAAAGCUUUAAUCUUGGGACACUCUGGCUCCAUCUCAGAGCCCUGCGCUGUCUGGAGGCUGUGGAGUGACCGAGGGGAAGGGCAAGUGUCGCAGCAUGGCAGUGCUGGGCUGUUGCUGGCACUGUGGCCACACGGGGAACUGGGACCAAGCAUUGUGAGGACACUGCCCAUUUUGGGAAAUGGGAGAAGAGGACUUUGUCAGUGGGGCCAGUCCAGCCCUGGGUCAGGCUCCACAGCCUGCUGGUUGUGAAGCCUGGAGGAGGCCAUGUAGGGUUGGCUGGAGCCAGAAGCUGGGAAUUUUUGGAGAAGCACCACACCAGGGCUUACCCUGUCUCAAACCAUCCUUGCCCUGCUUGCAGGCAAGUCCUUUCUUUCACUCGGUGUGAGGGAGGAUCUAUCCCAGUCUCUACGUGAGCUUGGAUGAGUGUGACAUGUGUCCCUAGCAGCUGACCACAGGAUCUGGCCUUGGGUCUCCUGGUGCCUUUUUGGGGGUGGAGAGACGCAGCUGUGAUCCCCCUGAGGCUUGGAAAGGUCCAGGGUUAGCACUAAGUCACCACUUCCAUUAUGAGGUGUUGCUCC